GGAGUACUCUUUAAUCCAAAGUCCCCAUUUUUGGAGUGCCUUUAUUAUAAGUGAUACACAAAGGCUCUUGGCCUUUGCUCUUCCUUCUUCUCUCACUUGUACUUCACUCUUUGCUCUUACUUUCUUUGUAUUCUACAUGGAUUAAUUAAUUUUGUGAUUAAAUAUUUGUUAAAGAAAGGUGUUUAAUUGGAAAUAUGGGUUCAUGUGUAUCAUCAUCAGUGCAUAAAGAUCUUCCUCCUCAAUCACUUGAUCUUUUUUAUGGUUCAAAAACUCAUGAGGACAAUCCUUCAUCACCUCUAAAGAAUCUAUCUUCACACCCUCCUCCUCCUCUUAAUGCCUUUCCUCAUUUUGGCAGUAAAGAGGAGACGUUUUUUGAUUCCCAGGCUUGGUUGGAUUCUGAUUGUGAAGAUGACUUCCUUAGUGUUAAUGGAGAUUUUACGCCUUCGCGUGGGAAUACACCUGUGCAUCCCAGCUUGGCUGGAAAUUUCAAAGAUGAGAGAGCGGCCGCCGCCCCUACUUCUUUUCAGCAAUCAACCCCGGAGGAAAAAAAGAAGAGAUUGUCUGAACUCUUCAGCGAAAGCUUGAGAAGUGAGCUGGACCUCAACGAACAAAGUGCUGCAGACAACCAAAAUGCAACGAGUACCAAAAAGGAAAAGGAAACUCCAUCUACUGGCGAACGACUUCCACCAAGAUCCACACCUGGAACACCUUAUGCGUCUGUGUGUAACAGCGAAAGAACUCCCAAUGGAGAGUUAAAAUCUGAUGUCAAAUCAUCGAAGCCAGUACAAUGUUGUCUUCCAAGGUUGCUUUCAAGUCGUAGCUUUAGUGAAAGGAGGAAAAGAAUGAGCCCCGCGCAUACUGUUGGCUGAUAGCCAAAGCUGUCUCUCUUAAGGUAUAUAUAUAUAUACAUAUAUAUGUCUCUGUUAGUUUACGUGCAUGUUUAAGGAAUUCGGAGACUUUUAAGUUAUAGAAUAUGAACACAUUGAUGGUCAGUAAAACUUAACAGCCAUGAUAUUUCGGCACAAAUACACAGAUGUGUAGAGUUCUGUUAUUUUCAAUUUCAUUCUUGAAUUAAUUAGCA